AUGGCGUCGUGGGAGUCCUUUGACGCCGUUUUCUACUUUGACCGAAAUUAUGCGCACGACAAGAAGACGCUCGACCGCAUCGUCGCGAACCGUCGAUCACUACAAAACCAAUUGUUCAUUGAUCGGUUGCUCCAGCUGAUGGGGGUCAAACCAGUCCAGGAGUUAUAUCCACCAAAGACAAACCGCGACCUUCGAGCCCUUUACAAACAGAUUCUCUCCUCGUCGUUUCCCGACCACCAAAAGCAGGCGGUGAUCUAUUACCUCCUCCGAGAUUGUCGCGGAUCCAAUGAAGCCAUAUCGCAUUUCACACGGGGCUGCUUUCUCCCAGAUAAGUACCAGCUGUUUAUUGACGGCACCUGGCACCUAGACCGCCUCGAGUUUCGGCGAGCUUUGGAGUAUCUCACCGAGCCAUCUCUCAUCCCUACCUUUCCCGACGAAAUCCUUUAUGUCUUAACGCAGCAGAGUCUGCCAAAGCAUGACGACGCCUUGGCCAUUGCAUAUUACCUUACUGUCUCGCCGCCACUCGCCUCUGAAAAGGUGCAACAAGCGUACUUUGAAACCCUCUGCCGCGCAAACAUUACGGAGGCAUUUUACUUUACCCGAAAUUACGACAAUAAUCUGCGCCGCCAAUUUCUUGAACAACUCGUCAUCUUUGUCCACAAGACUCCCGCCGGGCCUUCGAGGGGGACUCGUGCCAUGGAACUCGUCAAUCUCCCGUUUGAGGAGCAGGAGGAAUCUUGGUUCGAGGCCUGCUUGCUGAGUGGGAAAGCUGCGGCCCUUACAAGUGCUAAAGACACGGUACUGAUGCGACGACUUGCCACUGGUAAAAUGCAGGGUCUGCCGGCCAGCGUAGAAUCGUUAGGUGGGCCUAAAAUCGACGGCAUCAAUUGGGAUGAUCUUCGCCAGAGCGUAGACAGGAAGGGUCUUGUUUGA